AUGCAAGUCUACACAAACGAUCACUCCUCCUCCGUCCUCCAAACCCACAAAUGGCGCACCCUCGCCAACUCUUCCCCGCACCUCCUCCCUCACAUCCUCCCAGCCAUGAAAAUCCUCGACAUAGGCUGCGGUCCUGGAAGCAUAACCCUCGACUUCGCACGACAUGUUCCACGAGGCCACGUGAUUGGCCUAGAAUACGUAUCCGAUCCGCUUCCAGCUGCGCGCACACUCGCACGGGAACAGGGAAUAUCGAAUGUCGAGUUCAUGGAGGGUGAUAUCCACUCUCUGCCGUUUCCUGAUGAGAGUUUCGAUAUCGUCCAUGUUCAUCAAGUGUUACAGCAUAUCGCUGAUCCUGUAAGGGGUCUCAAAGAGAUGAGGCGUGUUGUGAAGAAAGGCGGGAUUGUCUCUGCGCGUGAGUCUGCGGGGAUGGAAUGGCAUCCUGCCAAUGAAGGAAUUCUGAAAUGGAAGGAGAUUUCUGGAAAAAUGGGGAAAGCUAGAGGGGGUAAUCCGCAUCCUGGAGCUAGGAUUCAUGUUUGGGCUAUGGAGGCCGGGUUUGAGGAGAGUAUGGUGAAGAGGAGUACUGGGAGUUGGUGUUUCUCUAGUCCCGCGGAGAGGAGGUAUUGGGGUGGGAGUAUGAUGGAGAGGGCGAAGUCGAGUGGGUUUUCGAAAGGGGCUGUCGAAGGGGGAUUUGCAAGUGAGAAGGACUUGGAGGUUAUUGCGAAUGGUUGGGGACGGUUUGUGGAGGAAAAGGACGGAUGGUUUGGGUUGCUGCAUGGGGAGGUCCUGUGCUGGAAGUGA